AUGUCGGGUUCCUCCUCGCUGGAUUUGCUAUCCUUGAUGCACAAAAUCCUAUACACUCAGAAGACGGACAUGAUCACCAUUAAUGCAAGAUUCGACAAUCUCGCUUGUCGUCUGUCAGACAAUUUCCAAGAACUGCAUGACCGAUUUGAUGCCUUGGGUUCCCGAAUUCAAGACAUCACUGAGGACAGUAAUGAUCUAAAUGGGGAGGAUCUUGGUGAACCGACCACUUCUGCUGAACAACAACGCCACUCCCCAGGACAACCCGAUGCUCAAUCCGAUCCUCUACCCGACCUCACUACUCGGAUAGGCGAUCGGGUUGACCCUCCAGUACCUUUGCCUCCUGCAGACAACCCGGGAAGAGAAAAGCAGAAAGAAAGGAGAUUCAUUCCCCCACCUUACAAACCACCUCUGUCGUUCCCUGGACGAUUUCGCAAGGAACUCCUGGAGAAGUACAAGGCAUUGUUUGAAAAACAGAUGCAAAAACUCGAACUUCGCAUGCCCCUAAUGGACGCCUUCACUUUGAUUCCCCCUUACCAGAAAUUUCUGAAGGAUGCAGUUAUGGAGCGGAUCAAGCAAGUACAAGGGAUGGUUAUACUCAAUCAUGAGUGCAGUGCGAUAAUCCAGAGGACUACCGCGCCUAAGAAUCUGAGCGACCCCGGAUCUUUUACUUUACCUUGCUUGAUCGGACCAUUGAAAUUCAGAAGAUGUCUUUGUGAUUUGGGAGCAUCAGUCAGCUUGAUGCCACUCACUGUAGCUAAACGUCUCGGAUUCGAGAAAUUCAAGCCUACCGACAUCCAGCUGGUUCUGGCUAAUCGAACUACGAGGUUGCCAAGAGGAGUUUUGGAAAAUCUGCCAGUCAAAGUAGGGUCAGUAGACGUACCAACCGACUUCGUAGUUUUGGAAACGGAUGUGGAGCCAAGUGAUCCGCUUAUCUUAGGACGACCAUUUUUAGCCACCGCGGGAGCAAUAAUUGAUGUGAGGAACGGGAAGAUCGAUCUGAAGCUCGGGGAAGACCUCACUAUGCAGUUUGACAUUCGGGAAACUAUGAAAAAACCUACAAUAGCUGAUCAAACCUUUCGGAUAGAAGAGUUAGAAAAACUGCAUGAGGAAGCAUUUGAGGAGGUUGCGAUAGGGGAUUGCGACAAACAGCUUUGA